GUCAAGGGCCUUCGAAAGGGCUCCACGCAAGCCAUCCGAAUGACCGUGCCCACUGAGGAGGCUGUAAGAGAUUAUCCGGCAUACUGCGAAUCAUACUUGCCGCGAACCGUCAUGGGCUUACACUGCUCUUCGUGGUGCAAUGGUGGUAUGGAGGGUGAACGAAUAUGUGGUCUCUGGCCGGGGAGUGCGGCGCACGCCGAUGUUGUGAGGAGAGAACCGAGAUGGGAGGACUCCAGCUAUCCGCAUUGCAACGAGCAAGGUAAUCGGCUUGUGUACUUUGGCAAUGGAUGGUCA